AUGCCAUCUGGGAUGUUAUAUGUUUAUCUGGAGAAGCAAACAACAACCCUUUCUGUUUCUGCAAAAUUCAGAUUGGUCGAGGGUGUCGCUGAUGGUCUCUACUAUUUUCACUCGAAUAAAGUCAUUCAUGGAGACCUUCAACCUGCCAAUGUGUUGAUAGACAAUUCAAGCAAUCCAUGUAUCACAGGUUUCGGUCUCGCAACAGUCAUGGGAGACCCAGAGUUGCAAUGGAACUCAACCACUGCAGCAUGUGAUUUCAAUUCUCAAUGGCGUGCACCUGAAGUCAUUGGAGUAGAGUCUGAUGAACCUGCAUGA